UUCCAUUCCGACGACUAAAGCCAGUUGAAAAGAAGAGGUGCUCCACUGAGAAAACAUACCAGAACGACCAAACAGAAACCACAGGGAGAACAAAAAUGUCUUGUGGGCCAGUCAACGCAGUACAGAAGCUCUCAUCACAUGCUCAGGUUGAUAGAUCGCUGCACCAGGAUGCUUCGCAGAGAAGGGCGGUCAAUGGACAGUCGUUCAGAUCGAACGAUGGGAUGGGGAUGGAGCAUGAGUUCCAGCUCCAUCAGCAGAGCCAGGCUCAGUUUGAUCCGAUGUUUGCAAAUGCCUUCCAGAGACCUAUGAGCAUGCAGCCGCCUCAUCAACAACAUCAACCGCUGCAUCAGCAUCCACAACAUCACCAACCGCAGCAGGGCAGCUCUUCAUGGGCAAGUGACUUCACAGCGGCUAAUGCUCCAGCGAAGAGCCAGAGUAGACAGCAGGCCAACAGCUGGAACACUCAGUUCAUGAACCAAAUGGGCACACAGAGGAACUCACAGAUGGGCGGCCAACAGUUUUACCAACCGCCCCAGGUUCAACAGAACUAUGCGCUCAACACCAGUGGGAUGUCCAUGGGGACGUCCAUAGGGACAUCCAUGGGGUUGAUGGGCACUCAGAGACUGAAUAACAGCUACAUGCAGGCACAAGUGGAAGAUACACAGCUCUUGGAUCCCACUCAUGCUGAUUUGGAACGUGAAUUCCAAUCCUUGGAGAAGCAGUUUGAAGAUAAUGUUAAGCUCGAGGAGGAGCCUAUUGGCAACCGUAAUAGCAACGCCGAAUUCAGAGAGGCUGCCAGGCAAGUGGAGAAGAUUAUGAAGUCCACCGAUUCUGAAAAGUUUGCGAAUUCAAAGUUUUUGAAUCUGAUGACAAAGGUUACGAAUGGACAAGUGGAGCUCAAUGAGGACGAGACUAAGCUGGUUGAUGCCAACGGCGAGGAUAUCCACGAGAAACAGUUAAAAUCACAGAUUCGUGAGAAGGCUGACACCAAGACAAACCCUUUGCCUGAUCCAUUGGCAAAUGUACCGGAUGAAGCGUUUGAAACCCCCUUUCAAAGUGCCAGGCUUGUUGGACAACAGCACAAUGAAAGAUACUCUUGGGAUGAGAUGUAUGACGACUACAAGCAUGAUGACACCUCGUUUUGACCAAAUGAUGUCAACGAAAUCGUGCUGCUUCAAGUACAGGAAGCAUCUCCUGGAUGAGUUGAUUUACCUGUGAAAAGGUGACGAUGGGAUGAUUGUAUACGCCUUUGUGAGUGUGUACGUGUGUAUAUAUGCUUCAAAGAAUGGGUUGAUUUUAUUUAUGCCUAUUUAUCGUAAUCAUUUCUUGUUCAUGAGCUGUUCCAUUUGAUUGUUCGUGUUUAGUGCUAUUGCUGUUGAUGUCCUCCUCAGUAUCAUAAUCGCCCAUCAGCCCUUGUUUGACAUCAGAGACAAACGU